AUGCCUAGGCUUCGUUCACAGCUGCUAGACAAUGUGGUGCAGGAAGCAGUGCUGAGACAACCGAGCCAGUUCAGUGCCUCAGAACUGUCAACGUUUGUCCAUUCAUUGGCAUCUCUGCACCAUGAGGACAUAUUGUCCAGCACUGCGAUGGACCUGUGCACAUUGAGCGCCAUAAGACGCUCAGAGCAGUUCCGAGCUCAUGAGAUGGUAGAUGUUGUGUGGUCGUACACUCAGAUCUUUGGGCACCACCACGAUCCCCAGGUUUUAGACACUAUGGCAAAGCUCUUGGUGCCACGUUUAGGCGAAAUCACACACGUACCCAGGCUGGUCAUCCUAGUGAAGGCAUUCGCAGAUCUGGACCUUCACUACACAGAUUUGCACAACGAGGUGUCUGCCUUGCUUUGCCCACACCUGGAGUGCCUAGACCAAGGACUGGUUGUGGAGCUUUUGCAGGCCUUUGGCCAUGUGCACCAUUAUUCUUCCACCCUGUUCGAGCGAGCAGCCACCGUCCUUUCAGAUUCCAAGAGCAGGCUGUCAACUUCGCAACUCGCUUCAGUGCUCCAGCUGUAUGGAUGCAUGAUGCAUGAUCCUGGUCAGGCAGCAUUGGAUGUGUGGCUGACGCAGCUACAGGACCUUGGAAGAGCAGCACUGACAAGCUCUCAGGUGUGCUCUGUCCUUUGGAGCCUUGCUUUGCUUGAGGCGUUGUCCCCAGAACUGUUCCUGCAAUUGUCCCGUGACAUCCAAGACUGCAGGAAAGGGGACUUCACUGUGAGCGACAUCGAACGGCUGUUGAUGGCUGAAUGGCUGCUGGAGAUAACCUGCAGGCGCCAAGGCCAGACACCUCCACGCAUACCCAGGCCCCUCAGAUUGCAGAUCUUGUCUGUUUGGCGAGAGCGACUCUACUACAAGCACGAUGUUUCCUCAUUCCAGAAGGAUGUGGGGCUCACACUAACGGACAUGCGCAUCAGUCACACGCUUGAGGAAUCCGUGGAGAAUGGCGAUUUUAAGAUCGACUAUGUCAUUGUGGGCGAUGGGAAUGCAAGGGUCGCAUUGGAGUGCGACGGCCCACGUCGCUUUACAAGCAAUGCUCCCUACCAUGCCUUGGGCGAAACUGUAGCAAGUAGGCGGGUGUUGGAAGGGCGCGGAUGGCGGGUGGUCUCCAUUUCGAAACACGCCUGGAAUUCUUUGAAAUCAAGGGAGGAGAAACAGUCCUUUCUGGAACAGGAACUUUGGGGUAUUGGGUGUUGA